AUGCUGACUCAGCAGUCCCCCGCAUUUAUCUUCGCCGCAAAAGACUCGACGAAGCCGAAAUCAAAACAACAAGAAAACAUCGAGAGACAAGACGAACAUAGACGGAUAGAAAGCAUGACGGAACAGGCUGAUACAGGACUCCCCUCUGGCUGGGAGGUACGGCACUCGAACUCCAAGAACCUGCCAUACUACUUCAACGCGAUCUCAAAGGAGUCACGAUGGGAGCCACCCGCGAACACCGACACGGAUAAGCUGAAGGUCUACAUGGCUGCCCACCACAGUGUACCGGCAGGCGAUCGUCACGGAGCCAGCGGUCAGGGCGAAGGCAAGAUCCGAGCGAGCCAUCUGCUUAUCAAGCACAACGAAAGCAGACGACCAAGCAGCUGGAGAGAGUCGGAGAUCACACGCUCGAAGAGCGAGGCCAUUGAGAUACUGCGUAGCCACAAGCAGCGUAUUGAGGCCGGUGAGGCCUCGCUGGGUGAUAUUGCAACCUCGGAGUCCGACUGCAGCAGUGCAAGAAAGCGGGGUGAUCUGGGAUUCUUUGGCCGAGGAGAGAUGCAGGCUGAGUUUGAGCAGGCUGCAUUUGCACUAAAAGUUGGCGAAGUCAGUGAUAUCGUGGAGACGGCCUCGGGCGUUCAUUUGAUUGAACGCGUCCAAUGA